CUCCUCUUUCUAGAGCCUCUUUUGGACUGUUGGCUAUAGUCGUUGGCAUGUUAUACCAUCGAGACCAUCUAUAUAAAUGGGAACUUCCUCUCCAUUUCCUCUCCUCAUCACAACAACAACAACAGCCAGUCCAACAGUCCACUCAAUCUCCAACUUUCAACCCAAAACUUUUAACAACUAUACUCCCCCACCUCGUAUCUUAUCUCCAGCCUACCAAACCACCUUCAAAUACCAACUUCCAAAAUGCAGUUCACUACCACCAUCCUUGCCACCAUCCUCGCUGCCGCUGCCAGCGCCCUCCCCUCCUCCCUGUCUCCUCGCCAAACAACAUUCACCGAGCUUGCCACCUUCAGCAAAAGUGGGUGUCAGAGCGGCGACCGCAUCGGCACAGUUAAUCUUGCGGACGUUAAGACUUGCCAAACACUCCCAUCUGGUAUCAAUUCGGGGCGUAUUGAGAUUGAUAUUCCGGCCGGAUGUAGUAUGACUUUCUUUCUUGAUUCGGGAUGUACUUCACCGCAAACGAUUAAUAUUCCGAGGGACCAGGUUCCGCAUAGGUGUUUCGAGAUGGGUGCGGGCAAGCAACUUAACUCUUUCCUCGUCAGUGGUACUUGCUCCUAGAUUCGACAUGGGGGCAUUGGUACGGCUAAGUACAAGGACGUACACAAUGCAGACGAUCAUGGAUGGCUCGCGGGGGCGAAUUGGGGGGUGGGCGUUGGCUGCAGGUGGGAGUGCGAGAGUGGGCAGGAAUAUUGUGGGAGAAUCGGUCAGCAAAUGGAGCUCACUACUCUGCAGACUAGUUCCUCUGCGCUGUUCUUACUGUUGAAUGCGAGAAGCGGCGUGUUUCUCUUUUGUGGAAUUCCUUUCGCUGGACGGGGGGACUAGUUUGUUCUUGCUUAGUCAUUUAGGGGAAGUCGAGAGUUACAAAUUGAUUUGUUUCCCGGGAA